AUGUUAAUUAUACACUUUAUAUUUAAUUCUGUUGUGAUGUAUCUUUGUUAUAUGAAUAUUUGGAAUCGUUUUGUUCCUUCAUACGAUUGGGAUAAUAAUGGAUUAAAACAAAACCUUAUUCCUUUGUUUAAACAUAAAAGAUUUGUAUGUAUUGUGAAUUGUGCUGAUGUUCAAGAGAGUUUUUGUGAAAGAGGUGCUUAUGCAAUUAAAGAAACAGCUCAUUUGUAUCAUAUUGCAUAUAAUGAAUUGUAUAUGGUUGGAUGUGAUGGAGAAGGUAUUGUUGAGAAAGACAUAAAGAAACAGGAAAGAGCCAUUAAUUUUGGAAAGCAUGUUGGUGUAGAACAUUUACAAUCCAUUAAUUAA